AUGUCCUUCAAGGACCGUCGUUCCCAUCUCCCCUUAUCAAAACCGGAGAGUCCGGCUGUUGACCCCAACCGGCCCCCCGGCUCCGUGAACGGCCGUUCACAGUCUCGCCAUCUCACGAAGAAGCGCGUCCUAGCGGCAGCGCUGUCCUUGCUCUCUAUAAAUGGGCAUAACGAUUUGCCAAUUCUGAUCCGUGGCUGGUACAACAACCACAUCUAUCAAGACAACUUCACCACGCCCUUCGAAAAGGGUGGUCUCGUUGGCCAUGUUGACAUACCCCGUCUAAGGGAUGGAUUGAAUGGCGGCUUCUUCUGGAGCGUCUUUGUGCCAUGCCCCGCUGAUGGUGCUGAUUUCUCUGAUGAAAACUACGCCGAGAGCGUCCAGUUUACUUUGCAGCAAAUUGACUUAGCAACUCGAUUGAAAGAGGCCUAUCCGAGUGACUUUUCCGGAAGCGUCGAUAGCAGCAAUGCUCUCGAUGCGUUCAAGAAUGGCCAGCUCAUCUCCCCCUUAGGAAUCGAAGGACUUCAUCAGAUUGGCAACUCCGUUGCGAAUCUGCGCAGGUUCCAAGCCUUGGGUGUUCGAUAUGCUACUCUUACCCAUAACUGCCACAACAAGUAUGCCGAUGCCGCCCUCCUCGAGCAUCCCAUUCGCAAGGCAGAGCCGAAAUGGCACGGCGUGAGCGCCGAAGGCAAGAAGCUCAUCGCAGAGAUGAACCGGCUCGGCUUAAUUGUCGAUCUGUCCCACACCAGUGAGGACACCAUGAUACAUGUGCUCGGCGGCAGAGACGACUGGAAGGGAAGCCAUGCACCAGUCAUCUUCAGCCAUAGCUCGGCAUAUAGCGUCUGCCCGCAUCCUCGAAACGUCAAAGACAGCGUCCUCCAGCUCGUCAAAGAGCGUAACUCCCUCGUCAUGAUCAACUUCAAUCCCCCAUUCAUCGCAUGUACUGAAUCCGACAACAACAACGGCCUGCCUAAAUAUGUGCCCGAGGACGCCAACCUUCAUCAGGUCGUCAAGCACAUCGUGCAUAUCGGGAACUUGAUUGGAUACGACUAUGUCGGCUUGGGCAGCGAUUUCGACGGCAUUGAGAAGACGCCCGAAGGUCUUGAAGAUGUAUCCAAGUAUCCCGCUCUCGUCGCUGAGCUUCUACGCCAAGGCGUCAGUGAUGAGGAUGUCGCAAAGGUUGUGGGAGGGAAUCUUCUACGUGUCUGGCGUGAUGUAGAUGAAGUUGCAUCUCGCCUACAGGCAGCGGGCGCGCCUAUCUUGGAGGAUGAUUUACCAAGUCUCUGGAGUGACUCGUAG